AUGGAUGAGUUGCAGCGAACGGUGCUUGCACUACAGACCAGGUCUGACGAGCUGGUGCUGCAGUUGCGCUCCAGCGUGGUCGAGUGCGAACGCGUGGGUCGGGCAGAAAUCUGCGGCUGCGCAGUUCGAGCAGCACUUGCAGAAGGUAUCUGCGACGGAGCAAUGUGUGAAGCUCGUCGUUGGGAAUUCUACGCGUUGCUCAUGCAACUGACGUCACUGCGGGUGCGGGUAGAACACAUUAGCGGGACAGUAAGGGGUAUGCUCCGUAGGGGAGAAUGGAAUUUACAGGCUGUCAGAAAACAAUUUGAGAUGCUAGAUGCCUUAUCUGACGAACUUGAUGGUCUUGUGAUGGGCAGUACUCCCUGCAGUGGACUCGAGCCGCAAGGACACCAAUUGGAAUAUUUGGAACUCAAACAGUUGGAGUUAUUGCGGCUUUCGGCUUUCAGUAGCCGUUCAGAGUUAGUGUCGAACAGAGGGGACCACCAGGCGGUACUUCGCGGAGAGACCGAUCGUGCACGUGGUACACGAAUCCGUGAAAUCGCAGGAGACGGCAGAAAGUUGCAGAAUAGUCGAGCUCCGGAACUCGUACCUGGAAGAGUCAUCCCGUCCAAUACUUCAUAUGAUUCAUCUAGUUUAUUCCGCCGAAGUUUAGACGGUCAUCUCAGUGAGCUGUUUGAUAUUAGCUAUCAUUCAGAUGAGGAAACCGUGGUGUCAAUAAACCAACAGCAUUUGGGGGAUCUCUCUUCUGUAAUAAGUCCUAAGGAGCGAAAUACAACCUAUCCAAAAACACAGGAUCUUUCAAUUGGGGGGCAGAAUUUCCCGCCUUUCAGGGACCAGUAUCCAAUAACUACUAGUUCCGCCGCUACAUCCAACUCUACUGCAGCUGUGACAUACUGUAGUGUGCAGUCGUCCUUCGGCGAAAAUUCGAGGUUGGAUAAACUCAGCGUUACGCAUGGAUUUUUGAAAUCACUUGCUGGUCACGCCAUGGAUGAUAGGCAGAAAGGUAGCGCUAGAUUCAUGAAUGGCCAGUUUAUACCCAAUAUUUCCCACUUCUUUAGGCGGUGGAAGAUUUUUAGUCACCAAUCCAUGAAUGUAUCAGAACCUUGUACUACCCAGCCAUUUGCUUCUGUCGACAAGUCGGACAUUAGAAGUUUGCACAAUCAAGAUAUGGCAUCACAGGACUCUACUCGUAAGUUUUCCACUGUGACUGAAGAUAGUUUUUGCUCAGAAGAUGCAUAUUCAGGUCCGUCGAUUAAAGUAACUAUGACUCCGGUGCUAUAUGAAUAUUUGAAAGAAGCCUUAGAGACGGAACUGCGUUUCAAUUAA